GUCUGGUUCCAGAACCGCCGCGCCAAGUUCCGCAAGCAAGAGCGGGCGGCGAACGCCAAAGGGCAGAACGCCGGCAACGGCGGCUCCUCGGCCGGCAAGAAGCCCGACCCCCGCUCAUCCUCGGAAGACGACGAGUCGAAGGAGUCCAACUGCAGCCCGACCCCUGACAGCACCGCCUCGCUGCCCACCGCCGGUAACCUGAACAGUCCCGGCGGCAGUCUGAGCCCAAGCCCUGGCAGUGGGCAAGGCCUGGGCCCCGGCCACGCCAGCCAGGCCCUCAAGGCUCCCCUCUGGCCCGGCGUGACCACCAGCAACGGGGCCACCAACACGGCCGAUCUCCUGAAGGCCUGGCAGCCGGCCGAAGCCAUGCCAGGGCCUUUCUCCGGCGUCCUCUCCUCGUUCCACAGGAAGCCCAACCCCCUCAAGGCCAACCUCUUCUAA